GCUCCCCACAGAGAGGAGCAAAGCCUGGUCGGGGAGAAAGAUCGGCUAUGGCUACCCCAGAGACAGCUGGGCCCAGCCGCUUCUACGACGCCAUCGUGGUGGGAGCAGGGAUCCAGGGCACUUUUGCUGCCUACCACUUGGCAAAGAGGGGGCAGAAGACCCUCUUGCUGGAGCAGGUAUGCCCCUUUGCAAACACCCACCCACAAACCCCUCCGAAAAUGCUGCUACCGUCCCAAAGGCCAGGGGGUGGGGGCAUUUUAUCCCACAUAGGCAGCCCCCUCCCUCAUUGUACAAUACCAGGCACUCAGGAAGCUGCCCUAAGCCAGUUCAAACCACCAGUCCAUUUGCUCAGUAUUGUUCACACUGGCCGGCAGCAACGACUCUCUUCUCUGAUUUAUGUCUUAAUUUAUUUGGUCCUUGUGUGUGUUUCCCAAGGGAAGGGAGAAUCAAGCGGCUUUAUUAACGCUGAAACUGGAGACCCUGUCAUGCUCCAGAUGGGGUUGGAUUCUGGCUCUCGUCAGCACCCGCUCCCAGCCAGCAUGACCAAUGGUCAGAGAUGAAGAGAGCUGUGGUCUUACAACGUCUGAGGAUUCUAGGUUCCCUGUCCCACUUGAAAGCAAUCUGUCUCUGGGACACCAGGUGGGGGUGGGGAGAAUAUUUUUAUAAUAAUAAUAAUAAUAAAAUAAUAAUAAUAAUAAUAAUAAUAAUAAUAAUAAUUUUUAUUUAUAUCCUGCCCUCCCCAGCCGAAGCCGGGCUCAGAGCGGCUAACAACAAUAAAAGUAACACAGCAUUCUAAAAUCAAUUCAUUCUAAAAUCAAUUCAAAAUCAAAUUAAUGGCAACCAUUGGGCUAGAGUUCUGUGAGGAUUACAGAAGGAGGGGGUCAGGCUGUGCUUUGGCCAAAGGCCUGGUGGAACAGCUCUGUCUUGUGGGCCCCGCGGAAAGAUGUCAAGUCCCGCAGGGCCCUAGUCUCUUGUGACAGAGCGUUCCACCAGAUCGGGGCCACGGCCAAAAAACUCUGGCUCUGGUUGAGGCCAGCCUAACCUCCCUGUGGCCCAGGACCUCCAAGAUGUUUUUGUUUGAAGACUGUAAGGUCCUCUGUGGGACAAACCAGGAGACUUGGUCCCGUAGGUAUGAGGGUCCUAGGCCGUAUAGAGAUUUAAAGGUCAAAACCAGCCCCUUAAACCUGAUCCUGUACUCCACCGGGAGUACAGAGUCCUCUCACUUGCUUACUUGCUGCUUCAAUGCAUCCCCACACCGAUAUAUGUAUAUUUUAUAACUUUUACAUCCCACCUUUGUAAAUAAAAAGUCCUUCAGGCCAGCUUAUCUGUUAAAAUGAGAGUACUUCAGCUGUAAUGGAAUAAAACAGGCCCCCAUCUGCUGGAACGCCGGAAGCGGCCAUCUACUGAGUCAGACCAUUGGGGUUUCAGGCUGCCUCCUUCUCUUUCUCUUGCCCUACAAGUUCCCCCUGCCCCACACCCGAGGAAGCUCCCAUGGACAGAGCCGAAUCAUCCGCAGCGCCUACCCCCAGGACUAUUACACGGCCAUGUUGGGAGAGGCCUAUCGCCUCUGGGCAGAGCUGGAGGAAGAGGCAGGCACCAAACUCCACAGGUGAGGAGCCUCCGGGAAGAAAUGGGGGGACCGAAGGGGGGCGCUCUUCUGAGGAGGGGAAGUGGGGUCCCUCUGUGGUUGUGCUUCAGGCGUAUUUGAAAUGGUAUAUAAUGUAUAUGCACAUAUGUCUUUGUUUGUGUAUUCAUAGAAUUGUGGGACCUCCAGGGGUCAUCCAUUCCAACCCCCUGCAAUGCAGGAAUCAUAGCAGAGUGAUAAGCUGGUUCAGGCACAGGCAAACUUGGCCCUCCAGAUAUUUGGGGACUACAACUCCCAUCAUCCCUGACCACGGGUCCUGUUGGCUAUGGAUGAUAGGAGUUGUAGUCCCAAAACAUCUGGAGGGCCGAGUUUGCCUGUGCCUGGGCUGGUUCCUCACAAGCAUCGCCGAAGGAGCAAGCAGGGCCUUUUAAGUGUGUGUGUAGGUAUUCCUGGGCGUAGCUAAAUUCCUGGAUCCAGCGAGUGUUAACAGCUAAUCAAGCCAGGCCAGCUCUCUGUCUUCAGGUGAUCACCUGGGUGAUGGGACAUUAAGAGAGCAAAGGAGAGGGGGCUCUGUGCCAGACGCCAAAUGGAUCGGCCUCCCAGUUUGCAGUUAGUUAGAAGGACAGAAACCAGAGAGUUGAGUUGGCAGUAAAGCAGCGAGCUGGAAAAACUGAAGAGGCAGAGCAUGAGGUUUGAUUUGAAUCCACGGUCUGGUUCACAGGCGAGCAAAGUCCCGGCAGGGGAUGUCAGGACCGGGGGCAAGAUGGCAGGGUGGGAGCAGGAACAGGGGUGCAGAAGCCAGGAGUCAGGAAGUCUGAGGGUCAGAGAGCUGGGAGUCAAGAAGUCAAGGGUCUGAGGGUCAGGAAGCCGAGAUUCACGGAUCAGGAAGCAAGAAGCCAGAUGCAGCAAGGCAGGAAGCGUGUUGCUGUGGCAAAGAGCCGAAGGGAAAUGCUGACCGUAUAUCCCUUCCCGGCUCUUGCCACCAGGUGCUGUGAGUUACCAAUCAGCCUCACCUGUGCGGCCACACCUUGCCUCUUCAGAACAAACUUAGGAAGGCCCCUGUCCUGCAAAGUCCUACUGGUCACAGGGCCUGGCUCCAGCACACACUCCUGACAGCUGUGGCUGUGGGAGAAACGAGACCCUUUUGGGAUGUUCAUGUUGUGAACCCCUCCAUCGCAGACUCAGGUUGUGCCAAUGAACCAUAUAUCCUAAAGACACCACAGGCUCCGCUGGCUAUGCCGCAAUCCCAAAAGGAAUCACAAGCCCUGGAACCCCCGAAAUCUCACACCGCUCAGAGAUUGGAUGGCGUGCAAUAGUAUACAUGAUUUUUUAUAUGGAACUGUUUCAACUCUCUACACAUACGGCACUUUCCUUGUUGAUUCCAAAUAUGCAAUUGCUUGAUACGUUUGGUUUUUUUAUUGCACUGUCAAAGGUCCUUGUUGGAAGUGAUUCAUCAGCAAAAUAGGCUGGAACAGAGGACUCUGCCUUGCUCUUAAGUCCUCGUGAUAAAUGGUUAAAAUGGUAACAGAGGAAUCAGUUUCCUAGCGAGUCAGACCCCUGGGUCCAUCUCACUCUGGAGACUCUACUAAUUACACUGAUUGGAAGGGGGUUUCUUGCAGGGGGUCUCUCCCCAAGCCCAAGUCCAGAAAUACCACUGCCUUUCACCUUAAAACAACGCAAGGUUCUAGUCCUCAUGACUCUCUGUGACUUAACUUGAGAGCUGCCUUAUACUGAGACAGCACAUUGGUCCUUCUAGUUCAGUAUUGUCAGCACUGACUGGCAGCAGCUCUCCAGGAUUUCGGGCAGGGGGUCUUCCCUAGAUCUACCUGGAGACGCCAUGGGGGAUUGAAGCAGGGACUUCUGCAUGCAAAGCAGAUGUUCUGCCACUGCAUUCUACAUUCCCUCUCUCCAAAAGCAGCAUAUUUUCUCCCCCCCCAGACCUGACUCUAGAUCCCUCUUCCCCCCUCCUCCUGCCCCUCCGACACGCUCCCUGCCCCACUGAGAGCCAAGACAGAUUCCCCCUGUAAUUUAUGUGACUCUAUAAAGGAAGCGCCAUUAAGGAAAUGCACGUCUAAAUGAUUUUUCAUUUCGCCAGGGUCAGACGUAAUAGACCCAUCCAUCUUGUUAGCGACAGGCCCAGGGAAGGGCUGGCACCGUCUCCCUGACGCCAGCUCUGUUUGUGAGGACCGGCUGGCAACGCCUCUCUAGGAAGCUGCCUCCAUGAGCAGUUUCAGGGCGAUGGUUCACCUUGGCCAGUGUUGCCUGUUCUGACCGGCAGCAACUGUGGGGACAGAACCUUUCCCGCUGUGUUUUGGUGCAGGAGCAGGGAACCUCUGGGCCCAGGGGGCAAAUGCACCCCCCAGACCCCUGUAUCCUGACCUCAGGCCACUCCCCAGGCCACAUUCCUCCUCACCAGCCUUGGGGGGUGACCUCAGAUGGUCUUCAGCUCUUGAUUCUAUGCUGCAUCAAGAGAAGUCUAGUGUCCAGACUGAAGGAAGGCAGAGUGCUGCUCUAUUCUGCCUUAGUCAGACCACACCUGGAGUCCUGUCUCCAGUUCUGGGCACCACAAUUUAAGAAGGAUGUCGACAAGCAGGAGGAGGGUGACCAAGAUGAUCAAGGGUCUGGAAACCAAGCCUGAUGAGGAACAGUUGAAGGAGUGUGUAUGUUUAGCCUGGAAAAGAGGAGACUGAGAAGGAAUGUGAGAGCCAUCUUCAAAUAUCUGAAGGGCUGUUCCAUGGGAGAUGGAGCAGGUUUGUUUUCUACUGCUCCAGAGGGUAAGACCCAAACUGAUGGACUCAAAUGUCAAGAUCCCAACUAAACAUUAGAAAGACUUUUCUGACAGUAAGAGGUGUUUGGCAGUGGACUCCAGAGCUUGGAUGGCCACCUGCCAGGGAUUCCUGCAUUGCUGGGGGUUGGUCUAGAUGGCCCUUGGGGUUCCUUUUCAACUCCCCAGUUAUAUGAUCCUAACCCCAUAAGCUUCUUCUCCCCACCCACAGAAAGCCAGCCUCCUCCAAGGUCACUCCAGCAGCUUCAACUGCAAACCCAUCCUCUCUCCUUACAGGCAAACACCAAUGUUGGUUCUGGGGCGCAAGGACAACCCUGCGUUUCAAAGGUUCUGGGACGCCAUGCAGCGCAAUCACGUCCCCAGCGAAGCACUAACAGCAGAGAGCUUGGCCCAAAGAUUCCCAGGAAUCCACCUGCGUGGCGGAGAGGUGGCUGUGUGUGAUCACACCGCCGGGAUCUUGUUUGCUGACAAGGCGGUAAAAGCUGGCCAGGUAACAAGGGUGUGGCAAGAGAGAGAGAGAGAUUUCAUCCCAGUUCUUUUUGUUCUCACUCUUGCCUCUCACAUUCUCCCUUUGCUCCCUCAUCACCAGAACUCUUGACUGUAAGCUCCUUGCAGGCAGGGGCCUGUCUUCUUUACUUACACCCAAAGCCAGAGGUGGAAAACCUUUUCUUUCCUUUCUUUUAUACAUUUUUAUUGGUUUUUUAACAUAUCAAUUCCAAAAUUCAUACAACAUAACUUCUCAUCUUAGACAAUAUUUUAGGACUUCCAUCAACCCCUCUGAUGAUUUUCUGUUCUUUCUCACUUAUUAUGCAUUUUUAAAUUUCCUAUUACCUUUAAUGAUCCUUAAGGGACGUGGGUGGUGCUGUGGUCAAAACCACUGAGCCUAGGACUUACUGAUCAGAAGGUUUGUGGUUCGAAUCCCUGCGACGGGUGAGCUCCCAUUGCUCGGUCCCUGCUCCUGCCAACCUAGCAGUUUGAAAGCGCAUCAAAGUGCAAGUAGAUAAGGGGGGCCACCAGGGGGCGCAUUGGAAGAUGGCCGGCAAUAACAUGUCUCCGACCCACACGAGGUAAUUAAGAGGCUGAUAUGGGAGUAUGCAGCCUCCCUUACCCCCCCAAGGGAAUGGGGGGGGGACUGCCUUGCCAGCUGUGUCCAUAAUUCACCCCCGGAUUCGAAAGAAGGGGGUGUGGGCACUUGGCACAAAGCCCUCGAGUGAGGCUGGCUCUCCCUGAUGCUGUCUCUAAUUCGUGCACUGGUUCGCAUUAGCUCGAAAUAUAUAAUUGGAAAUAUAUAAUUGGAAAGAAGCUAAUGCACAUACAUCAAGUGAAGAUCGGGAGUAAAGACUGCUGAUUAAUGGAUCUCUGUGAGCGGAGCGACGGGCUGAACAAUAAAUCAAGUGAAGAAUCAUCAUUAAAAGACUGGUAUGUUGGAGUGAAACGGAAAGGGGGGAGGAAAAAACUUUUCUUUUUUUGUCUUAUGUGAGUACCAAUAACCCUCCCCUCCAGAGAGAAGAAUCGUUGCUAAUUAUUAAUCACAACCAGGAGAUCAAGAUCUGUGUGGAAAUGAAUUACUGAUCAGAGAGAGGACUGGUAGAAACAUCGGGGAAUGGAAAGAAAGUUUUAUGACGCAGUUACAAAUGGUGUUUCGCUAAGACAGGCUUGCCCAUAGAAGGACAAGGGGGAGGAGGACCAGGGUCAUCGGAAUGUGAAUGUAUGGUUAUCGGAAUGUGAUCUUGACCUGGCAGGGCCCCCUGAGAUAUGUUUGGCAAGCUUGGAGAAAUCAAUGGACAGACGGAGGGAAUGUUCUAUACGGAGGUGUGGAAAUGGUGUCUGUUCUUUAUGUGAUAUGACUUUUGGAGAGUGUAAAACCCACACAGAGGAUGUUUGUUUUCAACCCGCUUGUGAAGAUUAUCAGAGAUCGCAAAGAAAGGAAUAUAUGAUAACAACAAGAAGAUGAGGAAAGUAACAAAGAGACUAUCUGGACAGAACUGGAUAGAACUGUUUAGUUAAAGCAGCAACAUGAGUGAUGUUUGGACCCCUUUCGGAGCUUGAAGUAUGGGUACCCCAAACAAAAAUUUAAAAAUCUGGCUGUAUAAUUUGGAAUUAAUGUGAUUUGGAAUUAAUGUGAUUUGAUUGGCCUGUUAAUAAAAAUUAUAUAUAUAUUUUUUUAAAAGUGCAAGUAGAUAAAUAGGUACCGCUCUGGCAGAAAGGUAAAGGGCAUUUCCGUGCGCUGCUCUGGUUCGCCAGAAGUGGCUUAGUCAUGCUGGCCACAUGACCCGGAAGCUGUACGCCAGCUCCCUCGGCCAAUAAAGCGAGAUGAACGCCGCAACCCCAGAGUCGCCCACAACUGGACCUAAUGGUCAGGAGUCCCUUUACCUUUACCUUAAUUACCCUUAACUUAUAAUUCUCCUCAUUAUCUUUUUUGCAAUACUUUAAAUAACACACCUUACAAAACUUCUUGCAAGGUGGGAAACCUUUUCUUUUGGGUGGCGGGGGCCAAAGCCCACGCAGCCUCAGUGGGCAGGGUCAGAGACACAGCCACACACUCUUAGCUAAUGGCAGGAGGGGGCAGAGCCUGACCCAAAUAUCUCCCCCCCAAAUGACCACUCUCCCCACUUUCCCCUCUAGGACCAGUUCCAACGCUACGGAGGGACCAUCCGUGAUGGAGAGAAGGUCCACGGGAUCCUUCCUGGGGCCGUGAUCACAGUGACCACCAGCCAAGGGGAGUAUCGUGCCAAACACCUCGUAGUGACGGCAGGAGCCUGGGCCAGCCGCCUCCUGGCCCCGUUGGGGCUGCACCUGCCUCUCCAGGUAAGCGGCAGGCCCUGACAUGUCGUCCCCCCACGCUGGCCAGAAGGAAGGCAGGUGGCACAGAAGAAGCCCCAUUUUUAUGUUGUGGUUCCCUCCUCCCUCCAGCCUCUGCGUAUCACUGUCUGCUACUGGAGGGCAAAAGCUGGGAGCCCCCCAAGCCUCCUGGAGAAGCUGCCUUGCUUCCUCGGGAUCAACCUGAACGGGGAGAAGCGAGAUCUCUAUGGGCUGCCGGCUGGCGAGUACCCAGGUCUUGUCAAGGUGAGAGGAAGGGGCCUGGUGGCGGUGGGGAAGGAGGCGAGAUCAGGGACACAAAGGCAGUCGGCAGAGGCUUCCCAAUUCUCCACAUUUCUGCAUCAGUUUGCCAUGUAUUUGCUUCUAAAUUUUGGCGUUUCCGUGUAGAUUUCUCUCAUGCACACUCUAGCAGGUUAUUGCCUUAUUAUUUAUUAAAUUUAUAUAUCAUCCGAAGACAUCAGAGCAGUUCACAAAAUAGCAUGCGUCCCUCGGUUUAUGCUCCUUAACUGGAAAACUCAUGGGUAGGUAAACUAAGGCCCGGGAGCCGGAGCCGGCCCAAUCGCCUUCUCAAUCCAGCCCGCGGACGGUUCAGAAAUCAGUGUGUUUUUACAUGAGCAGAAUGUGUGCUUUUAUUUAAAAUGCAUCUCUGGGUUAUUUGUGGGGUGUAGGAAUUCAUUCAUUCCCUCCAAAAAAUAUAGUCCAGCUCCCCACAAGGUCUGAGGAGGGACAGUGGACCAGCCUUCUGCUGAAAAUAUUUGCUGACCCCUGGGAAAACUGCACUGCAAAACUCAAGCAUGGAUUUCAAAGGAUGGCUGCUGUUUCCAUAGAAUCCAAAGCUGUAGAGUUUGAAGGGACCCCCACGGCCAUCUAGUCUAACCCCAGGAAUCUCAGCUAAACAAGGCCUGACCGAUGGUGAUCUCGCCUCUGUUUAAAACCUUUCAAGGAGGGAGCGCCCAGCCUCAUCCCGGCUACUCCGUUCCAUUGUCAAACAGCUCUUGCUAUCAGAAAGUUCUUCCUAAUGUUUAAUGGCUCUAAGGUGUUUUUUCUACAAUCAAGCAGUAUAUAAAUUGUAUGAAAUAAGUUAAAUCAAUGCCAGAAACUCGUUUCCUGCAAUAUGAAUUCAUUGGUUUGGGUUCUGGAGCAGCGGAGAGGAAGGUCUGUGUAGUGAAUUAGGAAAGUUCUCUUUUCAAUGUGAACUGGAUUGAAUUUCUGCCCCAGCUCAGUCUUACCUCUGUAGCUACCUUAAAAUGAGAAAGACCAUGGGCUGACUCGCCAUCUGGCUAAGGGCUGCCCACACUGACUGGCAGCAGCUCUCCAGGACUCCAGACAGGGGUCUUCCUCGGCCCUAGCUGGAGAUACCUGGAAUUGAACCCGGCACCUCCUGACUGCUGCCCUGUGGAUCUGCAGCUUGGCUCUCCCCCUGCCUUCCACAGGUCUGCUACCAUUAUGGCACCCCCGUGGACCCCGACCAUCCUGACCAGCCAGGCUAUUCUGCUCCUGACCUCCUCAUCCUACAGGAUUUUGUGAGCAAGUAUCUGCCGGGGCUUGAACCCAAGCCAGCUGUUCAGGAGCGCUGCAUGUAUACGGUAAGCAUCAUCAGAAGUUCCACCACCCAGCAACAGCCCAUUCAACGACCAAGGAGUUUACUCAUUUAUUUAUAUAUACAUAUAAUGUCUAUGCCCUGCGUGAUUAAAAAGCAAAACAAAGCAGUUUGCAGAAAUGAAAACAUAAAACCAUACAAGAUCAGGCGUUAAAAGCAGACCUCAAUUAACCACUGUGAAAGGAUAUGUUAUUAAUUGUCUGCAUAGGCCUGGUGGUUUGCAGCAGGCAUUUAAAAGUUGGCAAGGAAGAUGCCUGCUGAAUUUCCAGUGGCAGAGAGUUCCGCAGGAGUGUACCAAGGCCAAUAAAGGCUCGGUUUCUCAUUGUGGUCAACCGAGCCUCACCAGCUCUAUGGAUGACCAACAACGUUCCUGCAGGGAUCAAAUUGGGAUAAAAGGGUUCAGGAGGUCCCUGAACCCUUGGACCUAAGUUGAUCAGGGUUUUGUAAAUUAAUGCAAUAACCUCAAAACCUGAUUGGUAGUAGAUGGGCAGCCAGCGCAGCUGCUUUAGCAAGGGUCCACAUGUCCUCCUUCUAUCAACUCCCCUCCUGGUCAAGCAUCUUUGAGCUGAAUUAUUUCCUGAACACGGUGGAGGAGACUGUAGACGUUUCUAGAGAGACGCUUCUCACACCGGCGUGUUAAAAAAAGGAGAGGUGUUGCAAUGGAGGAAGGCUUCGCCUGUUGGAUUUCUGCCUUUGAUGCCACUGAUAAAAACAAUCAGAUAAGCGGACAUUUCUCUCUCUCUCUCCCAUCAUUCUCGGAUCGCCAUAUGAAAAUUGAUUGGCAGGAGGCUCAUUCAGGACCGAUGAUGGAAGCACUUCUUCAAAUGAUGUAUAAUUAAACUCACGGCUCUCACUUCAGAGUGAUUGCCAGAGGCCCAGAGAGCUUUUCAAAAUGGAAACAGACAAAAAAACCAACCCACAAAAGCGAGGGCUAUCAGGAGCUAUUAUCCCCCCUUGAGAGAUGGAGCCUCCAUAGUCAAGGGGCAGUCUACCUUGGAGUGGCAGGCACUGGGGACAAAGCAAUCCAUCAUGCCUGGGCCAUUAAGUGUCCUGGAGGAAUCUGGAUUAGAUGCUACCAGCCGCAGAGCAAUCCUUAUGUUGGCUGGAGUUUUGCCAGGAAUAGAAAUGGGGGCAAUCCAAUUAAGUUUGGUAGGGGGUCAUUAUUCACAGAAGCUGGGAGACCAGGGAGGAAGAGACUGCAGUGAGAAGCUGAAGAUCCAGUCUAAAACUCCAGCUAGACAAAGCAGGAUGGGAUGAGGAGGGGGCACGAGAGGCAGGAUUGCCAACUUUCCCCUCUGGCUCUGCUCCGAAGCAUGUAGCAAGCAGCAGCCCGACACAGAGGAAAUUUAAACAGAUGGGAGCUUUUUUCUGGCCCGGAAAGAUGUGAUGAGCAAAGCUCCCCUUUCGUUUCUGCACUUAAAGGCGGAGGAGCAGAGCCACGUUUCCGCUCCUAAAAAGUUGGCAACCUGAUUUCGAGUGGAGGCAGAUGGGGAGAAGGACCCGGGGCUGGAAAGAGCAGAUGGAGAAGGUUGGAGAGGCAGCAUAUUUUGGCAAGGAGGUUCCCCUAUGCCUUUGAGACCCCCCCAAAAAGUUACCCCUGCCAAAAUCUUGUGCACUGCACACAUGGUCACCUUGUCUGGGACUGAUGGCUGCACUUUCCACCAGCUAAUUCCUCAAAUCAAAGAGAUUUGAGAGCUCCUAGCAAUGGAAGGUUUAUGCAUGUAUGGGUGGUACAGUGGGUUAAACCACAGAGCCUAGGACUUGUCGAUCAGAAGGUCAGUGGUUCGAAUCCCCGCGACGGGGUGAGCUCCCGUUGCUCGGUCCCUGCUCUUGCCCACCUAGCAGUUCGAAAGCAUCCCAGUGCAAGUAGAUAAAUCGGUACCGCUCCGGCGGGAAGGUAAACGGCGUUUCCGUGCGCUGCUCUGGUUCGCCAGAAGCGGCUUAGUCAAGCUGGCCACAUGACCCAGAAGCUGUACGCCGGCUCCCUCAGCCAAUAAAGCGAGAUGAGCGCCGCAACCCCAGAGUCGUCCACAACUGGACCUAAUGGCCAGGGGUCCCUUUAACUUUACCGUAUGUAUGUAUUUAUGUCUUAACAUAGCUUGAUUUUUCUUUUCUUUCUCAUCACCAACGCCCUCCUCAGAACACCCCGGAUGAGGACUUUGUGUUAGAUCGCCACCCGCGUUUUAGAAAUAUCGCCAUCGGGGCAGGAUUUUCAGGUAAGGAACGGAGGACGGCAAGAAGGUGCUCUUCCUGAAACUCUGGGGAGCUGCUGCCAGUCAGUGUAGACAAUACUGAGCUAAAUGGACCAACGGUUUGAUUCAGUAUAAGGCAGCUUUCUAAUUUGGGACAUUUUAACUUGGAGAAAAAGCAAGUAAGAUACAACAGGAUAGAAGAGUGUAAAACUAUGCAGGGCCUGAAGAAAGCGGACCGAGAAAAGCUUCUCUCUUUCUCUCGUAACACAAGAACUCAAGGACAUCUGGUGAUGCUGAAUGCUGGAAGGUUCAGGACAGAGGAAAGGAAAGGACUUCUUUUAAACUAUGGAACUCCCUGCCACAGGAGGCAGCGAUGACCACCAACCUGGAUGGCUUUAAAAGAGGAAUGGACACUGAGGUCUAGCGCCAAAGGCCUUCUGGCGGUUCCCUCGCUGUGAGAAGCAAAGCUACAGGGAACCAGGCAGAGGGCCUUUUCGGUGGUGGCACCCGCCCUGUGGAACGCCCUCCCACCAGAUGUCAAAGAGAAAAACAACUACCAGACUUUUAGAAGACAUCUGAAGGCAGGGAAGCCUGUUCAGGGAAGCUUUUAAUGCUUAAUAUGUUAUUGUAUUUUAGUGUUUUGUUGGAAGCCACCCAGAGUGGCUGGGGAAACCCAGCCAGAUAGGUGGGGUAUAAACAAUAAAUUAUUAUUAUUAUUAUUAUUAUUAUUAUUAUUAUUAUUAUUAUUACUAUCUGCCUCCAGAGUUGGAAGCAGCAAUUUCCAAUUAAAGGCCCUUAGUCGGUCACUGUGAGAACAGGAUGCUGGACUAGACAGGCCCAUGGGCCUGAUCCAGUGGCCCCUUCCAAUUUAUUUCAUUUAUUUAUUUAUCAAAUUUGCAUACUUCCCUUCCUCCGAAGACCACAGGGCAGUUCUUAUGUCCUUAGAACAAAAAUCCAAACGGGGAAGGAAAGUCUGCUUUCUAAUGAGCGAGAGCAUCAGUCUGCCUAACUCAGUUAUCAUCCCUACACUGGCUGGCAGCAAUGGCUCUCCAGGGUUUCAUGCCGGGAGUGUCUCCCAGUCCUGCCUGGAGACAUGUCUGGGAUUGAACCCGGCACGUUCUGCAUGCGAGGCAAAUGUGGAGCCCCGAUCCGCAAGAAGCUGGCAAACAGGGUUUGACGGUUGGUCUAUCUUGCUUGGCAUUGUCUACGCCGACGGCAGCAGCUGGGUGUCCGCAUCUGUUCUCACUUCGUCUCUCUUCCACAGGUCACGGGUUCAAGUUUGCCCCUGUUGUUGGGAAGAUCCUUUGCCAGCUGAGCUUGGGUGAGGAGCCUUCUUAUGACCUGGUCCCAUUUCAGAUCAGCCGCUUCUCAUCCCAGCUUAAGGCCCCCUUGUAAACCCCCAAAUUGACAGGAGGUGGGAAGAAAUGGAUGCCCCUUCCUCAUCUUCCAACUGAGAGAUUUGAAAUCUCAGGAAACCCCGGCCGGCUGUGUGUAUGUGAACAACUCCUAAGAAAUAAUUUCUUUUUGAAUGAGUGAAAGCUUGCUGCUAUUUCCCCCUUUUUUCUUUAACGCAAGAGAAAAUCCACAGCAUUAGCAAAUAAUAACAAGGCUGUUGGGAAGAGUUCAGUAUUUUCAGUGUAAUAAAGUUUAACUCAUUGGCCAGAUAUAUGGAAAGUACUGAAGCUUUUAACUGUACGAGACAGUUUCUGUCCAAAUAACAUGCUUGCUUUCUGUUGAAAACAAAA